ACCGGCUCAGUCUCAUGACGUUUGUUAUCUGCAAACAACCUCCAAAAAAAAAAAAAAAAAAAAUGUAAACCUUGGUUCCUGUAGCUAGCAGCUUCUGUCUACAACUCACCAAAUACACGCCUGGAGUCACCGCGGAAAAGAAACUCCAACGGGUUGCGCCGUCUAGUCAUUUAUGGAGGGAAUAGAGGACGAGGGACCCUUGUCUCAGGGUGAACUUCCACAUAUCGAAGAUGUGCAGCUGUCGGCGGAGGAGCGAGUGUAUGUGGAGAGCUCCGGCCCGCUAGAAAAUGAGGCGGUGUACAAGCUGACAGAGGGCUUGCUCUCCCACUACCUGCCUGGCCUGCAGAACUCGAAACGGACUCUCCAAGAGCUCACACAAAAUCAGCUCAUAUUGUUGGACACACUGGAUCAAGAAGUCACCAAGUUCCGAGAAUGCAACACCUUACUUGACCUGAACUCACUGUUUACAGAGGCCAAGAUUUACCACAACAAACUAGUCAAUAUCAGGAAAGAGAUGAUUUUGCUCCAUGAAAGGACAACAAAACUCAAGAAAAGAGCUUUAAAGCUGCAGCAGCACAAGCAGAAGGAGGCGCUUGAGCGGGAGCACCAGCGUGAGAAGGAGCUGGAGCGAGAGAGGCAGCUCAUUGCCAAACCUGCUAAAAGAACCUAAACUCUAUGCUGGUUUGCCACGUUUUGGCCUAUUUUCUACAAAGCGACAGUAAGGUACAUGACUGCUAAUCAAUCAUUCGAGGCAUUUUUUUGCCUCUCCUUUGAGACAUUCGUAAUAUUUAAGGUCAUGCUUUAAGAGGCCAAAGUGAAGGGGUAUCAUGCAAUGGUUAUGACUGGAUUACAUAGAGGAAUUUACCGCUUGCUGGUGUGCGCCAUUGGACAAACCGCUUCAGAGUCCUGCCACCAUCGAAUGAGUGAAUAUUUCACCCCAUUUCCAGCCUGCUACACAGCCUUCGUUGCGUCAGCAUCCGCUAGGGUAUUGUUUCCGAAGUAGAAGAAUUGCAAUGAAGGAAUCAAGAAAUCUUUUGGAAUGCGACUCAAGGUUCAAUCAAAUCAUGACUGCGUUCAAACACUCAAGAAAAGCUGCCUUUCCAAAGGUCAAAGUGCACAUUUUGUAAUGACGUUGGAAGAGGGGUAUUCAUUUUGCAAUGUUUUUAUUAUUGUGACUGUAGAUUUCAUUGUAGAUCGGCGCCUUGAGAUACGACUGACCUGGACAUGAGCUGUCAAUUUGGACUAUCUUUAUUUAUUUAUUUAUUUAUUCAUUUGCUUUGACUUGUGAGCAAAGCUUUUGAGAAAAAGCACUGUAUGGUGGUAGUGAACUCAACUCACUUCACCACAGGCGGCAAACAAAGGGUGGAGCAACACAUGUAGACAGAUAAUACGGCAAUACUCACAGGCAUAUAUUCUUCAUCUUCUGCGAGAACUAGCUAUUAUUACUGCGGCUUACUGAGCUUAGUUCUGAUCAUUUGCAUGUUUUUCUGUAUGUCUGUUUUAUAAUUCCCCCAGGUGGCCGAGGUGCACAUCCCGGAAGGAGCUGCACGGUCACACUGAAAUAUGAUGCACAAACAAUCAAUUCUUUGCGGUUUAUUUCAUCAUGUUAUGUUUUUAUAACGUACAAUAUUGUAGUGUGCUACUUAUUAAAAAAAUUACACAAUU